AUGGUUGCUGAUCGCGCAACUUCUUAUGACAAUACAGAUGAUUUGAAGGAAGUCGUGAAGACUGAAGUGAAGACUGAGAAAGGUAAAGGAUCUAGUACUGAGUCGAUCCUAAACGUUGCAGACAUAAUUGAGAAAGCCAAAGAGGUUGAUGAUGAUUUUGGGGACGACGAUGAUUUUGCUAAAAAGAGAGUGGAGGAUGACUCAAUAUACCCCGAGGUGAGGGCAUCGGUUCCAGCUACCGAUGAUCCAACAUUGGUCCACAAUACUAUCCGUGCUUGGUUUCUGGGUCUGUCCAUGAGUACCAUUGGUGCUGCUAUUAAUACCUUGCUGGGAAUGCAUUGGCCUCCAUUGUUUGUGUCUGCGAAUGUUGCUGGGCUUGUUGCCCUGCCUCUGGGUCGAUUGUGGGCCAGAUACGUUCCCAAUGUUAAGAUCUUCGGUAAGUAUGGGCCAUCUUUAAACCCUGGGCCCUUCAAUAUAAAGGAGCACGGUAUUAUCAUGCUUUUAACCGCUAAUUCUUUUGGUACUGCAUACGUUAUAUCACUUCUGCUGACGAUGCAUUUAGACUAUUUUUACGGCAGACAGUUUGGUUGGUUGUUUGAUCUUCUCGCAAUCUGGACCACAGAAUGUAUAGGUUUUUGUUUCUCCGGGAUUUGUAAUAAGGUGCUGGUCAACCCUCCGGCAAUGGUUUGGCCUGGUGUCUUACCUGAUUGUACCUUUUUGACCAAUCUUCAUGUUAAGCAGGCUCCUACAUCAGGUGUCCAUACUUGGCGUAUCACUAGGUUAAAAUUCUUCAUUUAUGUGAGCAUUGGUAGUUUUGCAUGGUAUUGGAUCCCCGGUUAUUUGUGUCAGGCCCUAUCCUACGUUUCCUUCGUUACGUGGGCUUUCCCAAAUAACGUUUUGAUAAACCAAAUAUUUGGUGUUUUUAGUGGAAUGGGUCUGAUCCCAAUUACUUUUGACUGGAAUCAAUUGACAGCUUUGGGAUCGCCUCUUAUUCCACCUGUUAGGUUUAUCAUUACAUUAUUGUGCUCCGUGGUUUUAGUCCAUUGGAUAUUUGUACCUCUAUUACACUUCAACAAUGUCUGGUUCGGAGAUUAUCUACCACUUGUUUCUAGUGCCACUUACGAUAAGUACCAGAAGCGUUAUGACGUGCGUCGAAUUGUGGAUGCUAAAUCAUCAUUAGAUGAAAAAGCAUAUCUUGAGUACUCCAAAAUGUAUCUUCCAGUUUCAUUUGCUGUCAGCUACGGACUUGCCUUUGCCGAAAUUGCGUCCUUAGUUUCCCAUGCAGCUUUAUUCCAAUUUAAAUUUAUAAUGAAGCAGGUAAAGGCGGCAAGAAAUGAUAAGGGCGACGUUCACAACCGUUUAAUGAGAAACUAUAGGCAAGUUCCUUGGUGGUGGUACAUGGUACUGUUAGCAAUCUUUGUUCCACUUUCAGUCAUUACCGUAAGAGUUUGGGAUACUGAAAUGCCUGUGUGGGCUUUGUUCUUUUCACUAGGGUUAGCUGUUGUUUUCAUGUUACCAGUUGGUAUCAUGUAUGCAACUACGAACUUUGUCAUAGGCCUAAAUGUUAUUAGCGAGUUGAUUAUUGGGUACAUUAUGCCUGGUAGGCCAUUUGCAAUGAUGUUCUUCAAGACAUUUAGUUUGAUCACUAAUGUUCACGCUAUUUCUUUCUCUGCAGGAAUGAAGUUUGGUCAUUACAUGAAGUUGGCGCCAAGAGUGGUAUUCUCUGCACAAUUUAUUGCAACUUUAUGGUCGGGUACCGUUCAAUUGAUUGUUAUGAGAUGGGCUAUUAGGAACACCCCAGACCUAUGUCAGCCUACGCAGAAAGGUGGAUUCGUUUGCCGUAAUGUUAACGUUUUCUACUCCGCUUCUAUCGUUUGGGGUACGCUUGGUCCUGCAAGGCUGUUUGGAAAGGGUGAACUGUAUUCACCGCUAAAUUGGGGAUUUUUGAUCGGAUUCAUCCUUCCUUUCGUUAAUUGGUUAGUAAUAAACAAGUGGCCCAAAUUUUUGAAAAAAUAUGAGAAAUGGCCAAAGUACAUUGCAAAAAACUUGGUAUGGCCUGUUUUCUUCUUAGGUUCCGUCAGUAUUCCACCAGCAAACGCAUACAACGUUGUAAUAUACUGUCUUGUUGGUAUAUUCUUCGGUUUAUAUGUCAAGCGUAAUAAGUUCCAUUGGUGGGCAAAGUAUAAUUAUACUCUGGCAUUGGCUAUGGAUCUUGGUGUUGCGAUUGCUGUGUUAAUAAUGUUUUUCGCUUUAACUUGGCACAAUAUAGAUCCUCCAAAUUGGUGGGGUAAUAAUGUUGUAACUUCCACGCUUGACUCCUCCUUCAGAGCUAUUAAGGUCAUACUAAAGGAAGGCGAAUCCUUCGCUCCUUAG